AUGAAAAGCAGCACAUUCCUGAUUCCCCACUGCUUAUCACUCUUCCCACCAACUUUAUCAUACCAACCCAACAUCACGCCUACGGCAUAUCGUCCUUUUCUUUGUUCUUUUAAAUCGAAGACCAUAAGAGAAUGUACUGUGUACAUCUCUAUAUCCAUCACCCACUUAAUCCCACUGUUGAAGUGUGUUUUUUGGUAUCAUUUGAAGAGAAAAAUGAGUGCAGAAAGCACAGGUAACCAGAACCCACCUGCUCUCAAGUCGCUGGAUGCUUCCCUUCGGCUCUCAGUGAUUCCUCUGAGUAUUGCAACCAUCUGGUUAACCGUCACCAACAAGGAACACAACCCCAUCUAUGGAGAUGUAAACUUCACCAAUCUCACCGGACUCAAGUACAUGGUUUUCACCAGUGCCAUUUGUGCCGGUUAUGCUUCUCUCGCCGCUAUCGCCUCUUUCGUCAGAUGUUUCCUCACUAAAGCUUGGCUCUUCUUCGUCUCUGAUCAGAUUGUGGCAUAUUUGACGGUGACAUCGGGGGCGGCAGUGAUGGAAAUAUUAGACUUGGCUUACGAAGGAGAUCAGAAGAUCACAUGGAGUGAAGCCUGCAAUAGUUAUGGGAAAUUCUGCAGCAAAAUGAAGGUGGCGUUGAUUCUCCAUGCCUUGGUCCUUUGCUGCUUCAUCGUUUUGGCUGCCAUCUCUGCUUACAGGGUUUUUAGCCCCUUUGACCCUCCUCUUUCUUCUAAAGAGGUUGAGGAUGAAGAUGAACCAACAACCUAAAUUCAUUGCCUUUUU